AUGAAGGAAAUGCAAAAAGUAUCAUCUAAUUUUGAAAAACUUCGUAAACAAGGCCAUAAAAAAAAAGAUACAGAAAUAAAGCCAUUUAUUGAAAAUCAAUGGCAUAAAAAUAUGGAUCUUAAUAUACAACCACUAAAACUUCCAUCUAAUAAAGAUUCUACUUUUAAAAAAGUUGGUUUUAAAAAAGCUUUUCAUCAUUUUAAUAAUAAUUUAACCGAUUCUAUGGAUUCCAAAAAAACAUUUCAGUCACCUGAUUCUUAUGAUUCUAAUAUAACAAAAUUAUCUUCAAAUCCUUUAGAUUUAAUAGAUGAUGAAAAAGAUUUAGGUGAACUAUAUAAUCCUCAUGUACCAACAAGCCCUUAG